UAAAAAACACUUUAAAGCUCGUGAAAGCUCGGCAAGUUUCAGUUCGCCCGUAGCAGCUCAACUCCCCUGAUCACAACGAUCGACAACGAGAACACACACUGAUAACCGUGACUGCACAGGGGUCAAUAAUUAUUAUAAAAAUAAUUUAUAUUUUUUUUCCCUCAAAUAAAUAUAUUUGAUAAUAAUUUUGAGCUUUAUCCAAAGUUACAUAUACAAUAUAUAAUAUUUUUUUCAUUAAUAAUAUACAUAUAUUUAUCAAUAAAAAUCAAGAAAUAAAAAAAAAAAAAUAACAAAAAGUAAAACAGCGGAAUAUCGUGCAAAAAUUACUAGUGAUAAUAAUAAUAAUAGCAACGACAAUUUUUGUCUGUAUGUGUGUGAAAUAAUAAAAGAAUAAAAAAACCAAUAUUUUUCAUCGCUAAUUUUUUUUUUAUUUAUUUUUUUUCUCAAACUUUUUUUUGCCAAUAAAAAAGUGUGAAAAACAGUGAAAAUAUCAAAAAAAAAAAAAAAGACAUUUCUGUGUUAUUUGAUAAUUAUUUAUUGAAUUAAUUUAUAAAAAAAUCGGUUGUGUUCUCGUAGAAUAUUUAUCCGGGAGUUUUGGACCUUCGACUUCAUCGACCUGGGGCCUUGAGACAAUUUCCCCUCCUAUCCCCACCUCAGUCCUCUGCGGUCUUUUAUCCACCAUCAUUGUUUUUUUUUUUUUCUUUUUUUUCUAUUCUUCUUCAUCAUCUCCUGUUUUCUUUUUCUUCAACGGACAAAAUAUUCAAAAACAAAAAGACAAAGAAACAAAAACAAACUUGGCGAAAUUAUAUGUGAUUUUUUCUAAGGGUAAAGAAUAAAGUUUAUUUUUUUUUUUCCAAUCAAAAAGUCGAUCAUUGAAGACGCAGUGAGUGACGGGGAGUGUGAAGGGUGCAAAGUGAGGUAAAAAAAAAUAGGACCUAAAAGAGGAUGAGCACAAUCGACGUAACGAGACCGUUUCAUCAGCAUAUACAGUAACACACUAGUGAAAUUAGAGACUAAAAAAAAAUAUAAAAAACAAUAUAUAUAAUUAUUAAAAAAUAUAUACACACAAAAUAAUAACAAUAAAUAAUACGACAAACAAAUGUGAGAAGUUAAUUUUUGAGGCUGGGAUGUCUGUGUUAAUAAAAUAAAAAAUUAAUUAGACAAAUUAAUUAUUUAAGUCAAAUAUUAAAAACUAAAAAAAAAAAGGUGUAGAAUUAACAUAACCAAGUCAAAAAAAAAAACACGUACGAUAUUCAAUUUGAAUUAUUGAUAAAAAAAAAUAUAUAUAUUAUCAGAGAUAAAUGAAAAAAAAAUAGUCCUAUAUUUAAUAAUUUAAAAAAAAAAAAAAUAUUAAAAGUUAAUUUUUAUUGUUAAUAAAAAUAUGGCGUGUUUUGUAUUUAUAACUUGGAUCUGAUUUUUUCAAUAAAUUGAUUAUUAAGAAUAGACAAAAAAAAAAAAGAACCAAAUAAUAAAAUAUAAAAUAAUAUAUAUUUAUUGUAAUACUAUAAAUAAUAAAAAGCAAUUUUUGAAAGGAUCAAUUAUUAAUAAAUAGUUGAAGAAAGAAAAGUUUCAUGGCAUCGACGACAAUGGCAGUAUCGUCGGGGACAACCCAGAUGGGUCAAGGUCUCCAGGUAGCAAUAGAUAAUAUUCUGAUUGAUAAUAAUAAUCAUCAAAAUGAUGAUGAUAAUUCAACAGAAUCACUUGAUGAUUGGAAUAACAUGACAAAUAAUAAUGGUAGUCCUAGUACAAAUCAAAAUGGUACACCAUCAAAUGUUGGUGAUACACUUGAAGAUAUGCCUGGUCGUAAUGGUAAUAAUUGUGAUGAAACUUGUACAAUAUGUGAUGAUAAAUUAACAUCACCAAAAGUACUAAAUUGUCUUCAUGUUUAUUGUGAAAUAUGCUUGACAAAAUUAUAUGAUAAUACAAAUGAACAACAUAUUAAUGAUGGUAAUAGUGGAUAUUGUCAUAUAUCAUGUCCAAUAUGUGGACAAGAAACACAAAUUGGUAAUAAAGGUGUAUCAUCAUUACCAUGUGAUUAUGUAUUAACAAAUAUUAUUGAUAUGUCUGCAAUUGAAAAUGAAAAUGUACCAUGUACAUCAUGUAAAGCCAAAGAAAAUGCAAUUGCACGUUGUUCUGAUUGUGCCAAUUUUUUGUGUCCAAAUUGUAAUACAGCACAUCAAUUUAUGAGAUGUUUUGAAAAUCAUAAAGUUAUUACAUUUGAUGAUCUUAAAAGGACCAGUGAGGCUGUGCCAAUUCACAAGCCAAUUUUUUGUCAAUAUCAUACAACUGAAAAUAUGAAAUUUUAUUGCUACACUUGUGAGGAACCAAUAUGUAAUGAAUGUCUUGUUGUACAACAUAAAGCACCAGAUCAUCAUUAUGAACGUUUAAGUGAUGCUGAACCACGACAAAGAGAAGAUUUACGUUUUUUAAUGGCUGAAAGUAAAUCAAAAUUAUCUGAUUGUGAACAAGUAUCAACACAAUUAGAAAAUGCAUUAAGUGAAUUACAAUCACAACAUGAUCAAGCUAAAGAUCUUAUUAAUGAAAGUUUUCAAAGUUAUAAAGCAAUACUUGAAAAAUGUCGUGAUAAUUCAAUAAAUGAACUUGAUAAAUUACAUUCAGAACGUGAACUUGAAGUUAUGGAUACAUUUCAUAAUAUUGAAAAAACAGUUGAAAAAAUUGAAGAUGCAUGUAAAUUUACAUCACGUUUAAUUGAACAUGCUGAUACAACUGAGCUACUAACAUUAAAACAUACUGUAUCAACACAAUUAUUAAAUUUAAUAAGCAAUACACCAAAUGCAAAUAUUAAAUUUUCCAUUGAAUUUGUAACUGAUUAUAAACGUUUUGAAUAUAUUAUCAAAGAUUUAUUUGGUAUUAUUAAAACUGAAUGUACACCAGAAAUGGUUAAAAAACAAUUACCAAAUAAUUUAACAAUUAUUAAUAAUCAUAAUAAUAAUCAUAUUGAUAAUAAUAAUUCACAAAUUAAUGUAUCAAUACCAUGUCCAAGUACAAUAAGUACAACAUCACCAAUAUCACUUUGUGGUUCAAUGCAAUCAUCAUUUGAAGGUGAUACACCUGGUUAUUUAUUAUCAUCAACAAGUCCAUCUGGUCAAAAUAAUAUAAUACCACCAACACCACCACCAUCAUCUCAACAACAACAACAACAGCAGCAACAACAACCACCAUCAUCGUCAUCUUCACAAAUUGUAUCAUCAUUAUCACAAAAUUCACAAAUGCGUUGUUUAACAAGUAUACAAGAAUAUAAUUUACAACAAUUAGCAAGUCUUGCUGAAAAAGGUGAUUUACAUGAUACAAGUACUAACUCAAGUCCAACACCAUCAUUUACAUUGGCUGAUUUAUUGGCUGGUGAUUUAAAUUCAACACAUGCUAUUAAUAAUCUUCAGGCACUUGCUAAACUUGGUAAUUCAAUGGGUCAUCAAGAUUUAAGCAAUGGUAUUAAUGGUAAUGGUGGUGGUGGUGGAGGUGGUAAUAAUGGUGGUGGUUUAAUACUUCCAAGAGGUUCAUCACCUGGACUCAAUGAUAAUAAUAACAUGGUUACUGGACUAUCAACAAAUAAUCUUCUCAAUGGUGGAUAUCAGAGUAUGUCAAGUUCAACAUCACCAAUACUUUCACAAGGAACUGAUGAUCUUAAAAAUGAUCAAAUGCACAAUAUGGGUCUUGGUAAUGGAAUUGGAGGCACAGGAAGUUUUAAUAGUUCACGUUCACCAAAUCCAAAACAAACACCAAUGCAAAUUAGAUCAAAAUUUGGACAACUUGGUCCAAGUAAAGGACAAUUUAAUUCACCACAUGGUUUUUGUCUUGGUACUGAUGAAGAUAUUAUUGUUGCUGAUACAAAUAAUCAUAGAAUUCAGAUAUUUGAUAAAACUGGUCAAUUUAAAUCACAAUUUGGAAUACCUGGUAAAGAAGAAGGUCAACUUUGGUAUCCACGUAAAGUUGCUGUUAUGCGUAAUUGUGGUAAAUUUGUUGUAUGUGAUCGUGGUAAUGAACGUUCACGUAUGCAAAUAUUUACUAAAAAUGGACAUUUUAUUAAGAAAAUAGCAAUUCGUUAUAUCGAUAUUGUAGCUGGUUUAGCUGUUACAAGUCAAGGCCAUAUUGUUGCUGUUGACAGUGUAUCACCAACUGUGUUCGUAAUAAGUGAUACUGGUCAUCUCCUUCGUUGGUUUGAUUGUAGUGAUUACAUGCGUGAACCAAGUGAUAUUGCCAUAAGUGGAAAAGAAUUUUUCGUUUGUGACUUCAAGGGUCACUGUGUUGUUGUGUUCAAUGAAGACGGUCAAUUUCUUCGUCGCAUUGGCUGUGAGAAUAUAACAAAUUUCCCAAAUGGGAUUGACAUUAGCGACGCUGGAGAUGUUUUGAUCGGUGAUUCACAUGGUAAUCGUUUUCAUGUUGCUGUUUUUUCUCGUGAUGGUUCACUUAUAUCAGAAUUUGAAUGUCCUUAUGUUAAGGUAUCACGUUGCUGCGGCCUUAAAAUAACUUCUGAAGGUUAUAUUGUAACAUUGGCAAAAAAUAAUCACCAUGUACUUGUGCUUAACACACUAUACAUAUUGUGAAAUGUCACAAUGACCAAUAAUAAUAUUAAUAAUAUCAACAAAUGGUCAUCCUUCAUGAUAACUCUGCCGCAAUCAACGAAAGGUAAAAUUAAAAAAUUAUCACAAAAACGUCAGAUUAUUAAAAUAAUAUAUAAAAAAAUUUUAACUAUAAUUAUUAAGACAGCAAAAAAAACCAUAAAAAAACAAAGAUAUUAUAAAACAUUUUAUGAGUAAUGCAUGAAAAGUUGACCAUCUUAAACAUUCUAAGGGGCCUAUCAAAAGCCAAGGCUUCUUUUUUUUUUUUUUAAACAAUAAUAAUGAAUUAUUUUAAUUUUAUUUAACAACAAACUAUGCGUCCCUGGUAAUAUGAAAGUAAAUAUCUUCAAAAAAAAAAAAUAGAGUGAAAAAGAAAAAUAAAUUUAAAUAGGUUUUAUUAUUUGAGCAACAGAACAAGAUUUUAAAAAAAUCGAGGAAAAUAAAAACACACACAAUACACAGUAUCGUAGUUAAUUUUUAGGAAAUAAUAUUUGGUAAAUUGCCAAUAAAAAAAAGGGCGUAAAAGGCAAAUAUAAUUUUCAGUAUAAAAUAUUUUUUAAUAUUUUAAAUAAUUACAAAUCGUACCGUUGGAGAAUUCAGUGAAAAAAAAUAUUAAAAUAAAAAAAAAAAAAUACCUUGAAUCAGCAAACAAAAGCAAUUUUACAUUUAAAAAAAAAAACAAUGGCCUUCCGUCAAAAAUUGGUCGUUGAGAAUGAUUUUUGACAUUUCAGUAUUUUAAGUGGUUGAUCGUAAAUCAAAGUAAUCUAGUCGAUCCAUUUUCCUUCAUUAUUAAAAAUUUAAAUUUAAAAAAAAAAAAAAAAUUACUGACCUCCGAUCAGUUUUGUGCUCAAUAAACUUUUUUCCUAAAGUCCCAAAAACAUUUUCCAUAUCCCGUCUGAUGCUUUUCAUAGGCAGGAAAGGAAAUGCAAAGUCGAGGGAAUUUAUUUUAUAAUAAAUAAAUAAUUAAUAAACAGUUAAUAUUAGUGUGAGAGAGUUAGAAAGAAAAUUUAAAAAAAGAAAAAAAGUAUAAUUCUAGUUUUAAUCUGUCAAAGUUUGUUUUUGUUUUUGUUUUUAUUUUUUGUUUUUUUAGAUGUAACAAAUGUGAGAUAAAAAUUUUAUCAGAGUUGUGGUUUUAUCUAGUAAAUUAAUCAUUAAAAAAUGCUAAUAAUAUUUACUCAGGAUAAUUAUCAAUAUGGUUGUUUAUCCAUAUGAUAAAUUUUUCAUGUUUAAUAAUUUAUCUCAUAUUUUUUUUAAAUGAUUUUACUAUUUCAUGGUGCUAGGCAGUUAAUUUUACAGAUUUUUUUUUUCAUCAAAAAAAAAAUAUCUGAAUUAAUUACUGCAUUAUUUAAAUAAUAUAAAUUAUUUGUCAUUGUCCUCUUUUUUUAAAUUGAAAUAAUUAUAAUCUUAAUUGAUUUUUAACUUGAAAAUUUAAUGGUCUUUUUUAAAAAAUACAGGGAACAUUAUUUUAUUUUUUUAUUAGACUGACUUGAAGCUAUUGACUUGAAUAAAUAAAUUUUAUUCUAGAUAAAAACUUUGAUAAUAAUUCAAUUAAAAAAUAAUAAUUGCAUAUUUAAUUAUUCUCAAAUCAAUCCAUAGACAUUAAAUUAUUUAUCGAAAAUAUCAAUAACAUAUAAACCAGUUACAAUAAUAGUUGAAAAGUAAAAAUAAAUUCAGUUUGCUAAAAAAUAAAAGUAAAACUUCUAUUAUUUAUGUAAAUAUACAGAAGAGUGAAUGAAAAAAAGUUUUGAUAAAAUUAAAUAUCUUGAAAACCACAAAACUCAUUGUACAGAAAUGCAAAUAUUUUUUAGGGUUGUUUACAUUAUCAGCCUUAUUAUUGAAUUUAAAAAUUAAAACAAUAGAAGGACAAAAAAAAAAACAUUUUAAUCAGUCGCAAUAAUAAAAAUUAAUUAUUAUUAAUUAAUUAUUUUAUAUUUAAAUAUAAUAAUAUUUUAUAAAUAUUCUUGCCACAUAAAAAAAAUUCUACCGAGUAGAUAAUAAAUAUUUCUGCACUUAUAUUUUAUUAAUAUUAUUUAUUUUUUAUUUUUUUCAUUCAUAGAUUUAAGUAAAUUUAUCUAAUUUCGAAAAAAAAAAAAAAUAAGCCACGCGUGCAGAACAUGAAAAUGGAAAUUAUAUAAAAAAAAAGAAAAUAAAAAAAAAAAUUUUAAAAUGAAAAAAAUAAAAAAAUUUAAAAAUAUAUAUAUAGUUUAAAUAAUAUAUAUUAAAAAAAUAAAAAAAAAAACAAUUCUAUAAUCUUCUGAAUAGUCAUGAUUUAGCAGAGUUAUAUUUAAAAAAAUAAUAAUUAAAAUAAUAAAUAAUUAAUUUAAAAAAAAGAAUAAUGCCUGUGAUAAUAGUAUCGUCAGGAUAAGUUGUGCCCUUAAAAAUUUUCUGAUGUUGUUACUAGGUACAUAUUAUAAAAAAAAAAAAAAGAAAAACAAUAGUAAUAAUAAUUCAAAUAUCAGAAAGAAAAGAUAAAUUGACGGAAUAAUUGAUGUUACAUUCAAUUAAAGUCGAAUUUGCACAACGACAUUAAUCCCGAUAUUAAUUCGCGUCCCCAUUUUUUUCACUGAAUCUCCAUCGGUACGCUUGUUUAAUUAUUCAAUAAAUAAAAAUCUAAAGCUUUUUCUUUUUUGCUGAAAAUUAUUCGUAUUAGGCGAGGAAAUUAAUCUAAAUUAUCAUAAUUCAAAAAAAUAUAUUAACAUGCAAUUUCUUUUUUUAUUUAUUUUUAUUUAUUUUAUUUUUUUUUUUUCAUUUUAAAAAUUAUGAAUUAUUGAUGAUUUCCUCGCCCUCUUUUAUGAGCUAAAUUGACGGAGGGAAUUACAAAGAAUAUAAUAUAAAAAAAAAAUAUAUAUAUCUAGGAAUAGAAAAACAUUUCGUUGCGUAGAAAAAUAUUUAUAUAUUAUAUUAAACACAAAUAAUAAAAUAGUAAUAAAAAAACAAAUGGAUGACCAUUAAAAAUUGCGAGAGGUUAUUUUACCUAAAGAAAAACAAAAAUUAUUAUAUUACGCUCACCUUAUAUACUUGAAUAUUUUAGUAUAGAUUUACUCUAUUUACAUAUUUUUAUCUGUGAAAGACUACUUGGCUAAUUUUAUGCCACUGUUGAAAUUCACCCCUUAUUUGCCUUGAUGUUUAAAUUACAAUAAUAAUAUUUAAAAAAGGAAAAAAAAAAAAAUUAAUAAGAUGAUUUAAAAAAUGAGAUAAAUAAAAACCAAACAAUAAUCUAAAAUAUAAAUAUUAUAUUAUUAUUAUAUGAUAUAAAAAAUAACACAAAACAUUUAAAAAAAAAAAAAACAUGAUGAUUAAUUUGUUAUGUGAAUGGUAAUUGUGAUAGAUUUUUGAUGAUUUUUACAAUCUCAAAAAUCUCAUUAUCCUAUGAAAAAUAUAUGCUUAGAAUAAUAUAUAGUCACUCUCUAAACUAGACACAAUUUGCUGCUUAUUGUUAACGUAAUGUUAGAAAAGAAAAGAAAAGAAAAAAAAAAAAAAAACCAUUGUGAAGAGAUAAUUAUUUGAAUAGCUUUAGGAAAAUAAAAAAAAAAAAAAAGUGGGAUGUAUCAAUUGUGAGCUUAGACCAGGAUUAAAAACAGUCGUAAUUUUAGAAGUAAUUUUAAAUUCAUUUUGACAUUUAUUUAGUGUCACUUCCACUAUUUGCCGCAAUUGUAUUAAAAAUUUUAAAUCCCAAAAAUAAAAAUCAAAGAGAUAAUAUUAAUAAACCAAAAAAACAAAUAAAAUGUGGAUCUAUUUUCGCGAAAGUUGUGUGACAAAUUGAAUGUUUGAAAAAAAAAAAACUAUAUAUAUAUAAUAAAAAAGAAAAUUAAAGAGUUGUCGAAUUUUCACAAGUAAAAAUGAAAAAAAUUAAUAAAUUAAUAAAUGGAUAUUGAUUUUAGGAAGGAAAUGAUAUAAUGAGUCAAAAAUUAUAGCCUACGAUCAUAGUCUUCCUAGAACUUUGCGAAAUCAUAAAAAAAAAAAAAGGCACUAUUUAAUUUAAAAGAAAAAAAAUAUAUUACCAAACAAUUUUAGGAAUAAUAAAAUUUUUUUAAAUUCAUAAUUUGGCCAUUAAUGAUAUUUGAAAAAAAAAAAUACUAUCCAUAUUGUGAUAAAUAGAAAAAAUUAAUUUUCAAAACAAAAAAAAAAAAAAAACAUCACAAGUUCGUAAAAUACUCCCAGAAAAAAAAAAGAUUUACAAAUGUAUUGUUGAUUUGUUUUUUUUUUUUAAGUUUUAAUCAAAUUUCUGCUGUAAAUUGCAUUAGUAUUUCUUCACCAGUCUUCAAAUAAUGCAUUUGUGCAUCUUUUUUUUAAUUAAAAAUAUUAUUUUGGUUUUUUUGGUUUUUUUCGUAUAAGAAAGAAAAUAUAACUUGAUAUUUUUUAUUAUCAGUCAUUUACAUAGACUAUAGACUAUAUUUCUUAAGCGACUAUAAUUUAUAAUUAACAAAAAAUGUUAACUACAAAUUGUUUGAACAUUAUUGUGUUCCACUGACUGCGUUUUUUUUAUUUUCUUUUUUUUUAAAUGUUCAAACAUAUAUUUUUUUUGUAAAUUAAGUUGUCAAUAUGUGGUUGUUAUUAUUAUUUUAUUUUUAUGUUAAUUUAAAAACCCAUCGACCAACCAAAACUAUAAUUUUUUGUUACCAAGUCGUUUAAUUAUUUUUUAGUUAAUGACUGUAUUUUUUUUUUUUCCAUUAUUUACUCAUCGAAUGCUUGACAUUCGUUUUGUGUCAAAAAUAUACGACAAAUUUAUUGUAUUUUAUUUUUAAGUUUAGUGUUAUAUUAAUUGAGGAGAGAAAGAGAAUGCGAUCGACAUUUUGAAAAUGUAAUAUCUAUUAUACAUAUGUAUUAUUAUAAUUUUUUUUUUUAUUUUUAUCAUUUUUUUUUUGUUUCAUUUUAAUCGUUCGAUUUUUCGUUCGGUGGUGGUCAAUUGCAUUCCAUUGAGUUAAGCAUCUAGAACCCCAAAAAAUAUAUAAUUAAAACAUAUUUAUAAUUAAAUUUAUAAAAAGAAAAAAAAAAUGUGUUUAAAGUUCAAAAUGAUUAUAGUCUCAUCAAAUAGGUUUAUUACGAUGUAAAAUUAUUAUAAUUUUUUAAAUUAUUUUGUUUUGU